AUGCGUAACACUAUCUGCCGUUUGCCCAACGGCCAAAGCUACACGGUGACCCCCGUGUUUGGCGGUGUCAACUUCAAGUCCAAUGACAUGCACUUGAAAGACUCCAUAAUUCCUCCCGGGUGGACAAUUGUUCUCUAUACCAACCAAAACCCCGAUCAGCCGGCGCAGGAUUCCGUGCCCCCGGAAGAAGAGCGCGGUCGCUCUCGGUAUACACAGGGAGAGGCAGAGGAGAAAACACGCACCACUCGCUUCACAACACCAACAUUGAGCGAUGACUGUUUCUACAUUUCGUUUAUCGUCAAUCCGCCCAGUACUGACUUCAAACCUCCCGUCUCUCCGACUCGUCAGAUUGCGAUGAUGAUCUGGGUGAGCCUUUACUGGUACUUUCACGAGCCCGAGCCAGACCUCCACUUGCAGACGGACGCUGCAUCUCGUACACCGCUCACAGGCAAACCGAAGGGAGAAUGGCGCAUCCAUCUCAAGAGAGAGGGGAUCUUCAAGGGACGCAAUCUGCUGCAGAAGCUGGAACGCAUGGGACUCAUUGCAUCGGAGGAAUCAUCCGUUGGGCUAGAGCCGAGCGAGACGCGAGAAUCCGGAGCCUGGUCACGUAUGUUUGUGAGCCGACGCAGUUUCUGGCAGAUUGAUCCCCGUCUUUUCGUCUUCACACUGGUUCCCGCGAACCCACUGCAUUCUGCUCCGUCCUCGCCUUUCCUGUCUCCUAGAUUUGCGUCACCAUCGCGCGAGAGCCCGCUGCCAGGUGAGUCUCCGGCUUCCCCUGCGGGGAAGGACUUCCCACUACACACCAAUGAGGGCCCGUUUGCUUCUAGCAGCCACCUUCCGACAUACUUUCCCCCGCCUCCAACUCAGUACACGUUCACAAACGGGCUGCGGCACCCCGUCAGACCUAAGCCGCCCCAUCAGGGAGAAGUGUUCUACAUCCGGUUCAUUCCCAGCGUCGGGCAGUACCUGUCAUUCCGCGUGCCGGUUUUAUCCUCUGCGAUGCCAAAGCGGGGCCAUGGCCAUAGUCACUCGACGAGCAGCAUUGAGCAACCGCCUCAGAACACGCCGUCUGACCUAGACCUGCUGCACAAGUGGAUGAAUGACCCGCGCGUAAAUGCAGCUUGGGGAGAGGGCGGUCCAAAAGAAAAACAGGAGGAAUUCCUUCGCAAUAAUCUUACCAGCCGUCACAGCUUCCCCGUCAUUGGGUGCUGGGACGGCAAGCCGUUUGGGUACUUUGAAAUCUACUGGGUCAAGGAGGAUCGCUUGGGAGCGCUUAUCGGAGGGGCGGACAAUUACGACCGGGGAAUUCACUUACUGGUGGGAGAGCAAGAAUACCGUGGGUCACACCGGGUCGCCAUCUGGCUCAGUGCAUUGGUUCAUUACUGCUGGCUUGCGGAUCCGCGGACGCAGACAGUCAUGCUGGAGCCACGGGUGGAUAAUGAAAAGAUCAUUCAAUAUCUUCAAAAUGCGGGUUUCUACAAAGAAGGAGAGGUUACGUUCCCCCACAAGCAGUCAGCUUUGAUGAAGAUCAAACGCGACUCAUGGGAGAGCCCAGUUCUAUAG